CGGUGCCCUGAGGGCACUUCGCGAGGCCGUCGGCGCUCAGACCGCUAAGAGAAACUUCGCACUCCAAAGCGGCGUUCGGGCUAUAACGGAAUGAAAACUUUUAAAAAUAAAUAUAAAUAUUAAACAAUUCAAACGACUCAAAGGAAUUAAACGUAAGUUUAAAAUAAAAAAACGCAAUUUUUUUUCUUUUUUUUUGUUUUAAUUUACCUCAAAACUUAUUGUGAUUUCACGAGAGGCCCAGGCGUUGAGGGCCGCCGUGCCUCCUUCCCCCAUCGCCGGUCUUUCCUAGUUCGGCUGCCGAGGAGAGGCGCUCGCGACCCGGGAGGGGCUGGGUGAGGCUAUGGACUCCUCCCGAUGCUCGUGACGGGGCAGUCUCCUCGUCCGGCCGUUCCGCUGCCCCGGCGAUGUCCGUGAGCUGUACCCCGGUGCCGUUGCCCCUUCACAACAACAACAGCAGCAGCAGCAGCAAGAGCAAAGGCAAGAGCAACAACAACAACAACAAGCCGGGGAGAGGAUCCCACGACUCUGGCCACGGCGGCGGAGGCUGCAGUGCGACCGAAAAGAAUCUGGCGGGAGGCGGCGCCGGUGGCGGUGAUGCCGGCGGCGAUGCCGGCGGCGACGGCGGUCGCAUCAGCGGCAUCACCAUCGUCGCGGGACACAGGAGCGCGCAGAGCGACGUGACGCUCCACAGCACCGCUCCUCCGGACGCGGAGAGACGCUGCAGCGGCAGCUACGUCAGCGGCGAGCAACCGCCGGGAGACGUAGCUCAGUGGCCGGACCGCCCGCCCACGCCCACCAUCAUCGGCCACGAGGUCAUGGAGGAGAGAGCCAGGUUCACGGUGUACAAGGUGUUGGUGCGAAGCAGCGUUGGAGAGAGUUGGGUCGUCUUUCGCAGGUACACCGACUUCUCCCGCCUCAACGAUAAGCUACGCGAGAUGUUCCCUGGUUUCCGCCUGGCGUUGCCGCCCAAGCGUUGGUUCAAGGACAACUUUGAGGCGGAGUUCCUGGAGGAGAGGUCUCUGGGCCUGGCCGCCUUCCUGCAGAACCUCGUCGCUCACCAGGACGUGGCCAACUGUAUCCCCGUGAGGGAGUUCCUGUGCCUCGAUGACUCCCCGGGCCCCUUCGACAGCCUCGAGGAGAGCCGGGCGUUCUGCGAGAGUCUUGAAGAGGCGAACUUCCGGCUCCUCAAGGAGCUCGCCGAGGGCCAUCAGCAGACGGCUCAGCUACGGGCCGACUUGCUGAAGAGCCACACGUGCAUCGAAGCCCUGGAGAGAGAGAUCAGGGAAUUGAAGGCGGCGGCCAGUUCAUCCGGCCACAGCACCGUGGAAUUGCCGUCGGCGGUGACGGAGGACGAGCCGCCUCGUGGCGGGAGUCCGGUGCAGCCGCCCGCCACCGCCACCACAGAGGGAGCGUCGCGAUGAAUUUGCGUUGUUGUUGUUGUUGUUGGUUGUUGUUGUUGGUUGUUGGUUGUUGUUGUUGUUGUGGCAACCAACAACGGCCACCACAGCGGCCGCGACAACAAGCACCACAGCAGCGCACACAGCAACAACAACCACAACAAUAUACAACAACAACAA